GCCGAGCCCUCGCUCAAACCCGGGGAUCCUGCUGGUGCUGAACGCUGAACCCACUAGUGUUCGUGACGUGGUCGGUCUGGGCUGAGACAACAACACUGCUGCUCCCGGAGACCCAGGCGAGGGAACCUCACCCUAAUAUAACCCUAGCCCAGCAGCUGCUGGACGGGGAGCAGGACCGGUCCAUGUGUGAGCUCCUCGCUGAUCAGAGCUUUAAUGAUGUGGUGACUCUGGGCCGAGAAAUGAUUGCAGCUUUGCAAAGAGAGAGCGUGGAGCAGCGAGUCUGAGAGAGAAGAAUGGGCAGGAACAUCUGGGGCUGCUGGCAAAGUGUCUUCUCCACUCCGGUGCUCUACGGCUCACUGGCCCUGUUUACAUCCAUCCUCCACAAUGUCUUCCUGCUCUAUUACGUGGAAACAUUUGUGUCCAUCUAUAAGAUUGAUAAAGUCUCAUUCUGGGUGGGAGAGGCAGUUUUCCUUAUCUGGAAUAGUCUGAACGACCCUCUCUUCGGCUGGCUGAGCGACCGCGCCUUUCUCAACAGUCCUCAGUCAGGCUCUCAGAUCACAGCACCAGAGGUGGUGCUAAAGCGCCUCAAUGCCCUCUCCACAAAUGGCCCGCUCUUCGCUCUGUCCUUCCUGGGGUUCUGGGUGGCCUGGGCCAGGCCCAGCCUGCAGUUCCUGCUGUGCCUGUGUGUGUAUGACGGUUUUCUCACCAUGGUGGAUCUCCACCACAGCGCGCUGCUGGCCGACCUCGCCGUGUCCGCCACCGACCGCACGCGACUCAACUUCCACUGCUCCGUGUUCAGCGCUUUGGGCGCCUUCUCCGUUUUUCUGUCCUACUCCGUCUGGGACAAGGAAAACUUCUACUACUUCCGCCUGUUCUGUGUGAGUCUGGCAGCUUUUUCCAUCCUGGGCUUUUUCUUCGUGUCUCGGUUGCUACAGCAUCGUUUCAAAAAGGAAAUCCAUCCAAAACAAGACGAGGCAUCGUCACUUAAAGAGCUCUGUGUCGGCAGUGCUCCGCUUACACAGUCAGAGAAACCUGUCACUGUAGGACAGUAUCUCAGGCAGCUCUCCAAACACACCAACUUCAUGUGGUUUGUGUCGAUGAAUCUUAUUCAGGUGUUUCAUUGCCACUUCAACAGCAACUUUUUUCCUCUUUUCCUGGAACAUCUCCUGUCUGACAGCAUCUCUGCCUCUACAGGUUCUAUCUUACUGGGCAUCUCUUACAUUGCCCCCCACCUGAACAACUUGUAUUUCCUGACACUGUGCCAGCGUUAUGGGGUUUACCAGGUUAUCCGUUGGCUGUUUAUGCUCAAACUGGGACUUAGCGUGGUUAUGCUGCUUGCAGGGGCUGACCAUAUUUAUCUGCUGUGCAUCUUCAUUGCUAGUAACCGCGUGUUCACAGAAGGAACCUGCAAGCUGCUGAAACUGGUGAUUUCUGAUUUGGUGGACGAGGACUUUGUGGUAAACCGGCGUCAGCAGGCCACCUCUGCUCUCCUCUUCGGGAUGGUUGCCUUGUUGACCAAACCUGGUCAGACAUUUGCCCCACUCAUCGGCACAUGGCUGCUCUGUGUUUACACAGGUUAUGAUAUUUUUGAGAAGCAGUCUGUUUCAGCGCCUGACGUUGCCUCAAGUUCAGGGAAUCCUCCUCUGCGCCUGGGCUGUUUCUACAUUUUGGUGUCGGUGCCUAUUACGUGUGCCCUGCUCCAGCUCGCCGCGUGGUCCCGCUUCACACUGCACGGCCGGAAGCUGCAGGGAAUCAAGAACUUAAGACAGGGAGCCCAGCACAGCCACUUUGUCGACGUGAAGGCCAUUUGAAGUAAUGAAAACUGCGUGAAGCUGCACACAGACACUUUUAAUAAUCAAUUUUAUUUUUUCUAACGAUGUCUUAAGAGAAACAGAGAGCUGCUGCAUCUUCACCCAGCAGCUUCCGUGCAUUUAUAUCAAAUAUGUGAACUUGUUACUUUGUGUGCAGUUGGAAAAAAAAAAAAAAAAAAGAAGUCCAUCGAGUCAAAUCUCAUCUGGAGUGACAUGAUACAACAGUUUAGAAAAGUGAAAUCUGCCUUAUUUUUGUACAUUAAAAAAUUCACGCUAUAUUUAUAUUUAAAACGAUGACCAAAAGCAAACAG